AUGAAGAAGAUCAAGGCUGAGAAGGACCCCAACAAGCCCACGUGUCCCCGAGCGCUUUUUUCAUCUUCAUCUGAGUCCCAGUCUCGGUUCUUGGUUCGAUUCAUGUUGCUUCUGUGGGACAACUUCAGGAAGGAGUACAAGGAGAAUCACCCCGACAUCAAGAAGGUCUCCGUGAUCGGCAAGGCCGGUGCAGGUGCUCUUCUCUUGCACACGUCUGGCACCGACUCCGGCGCGGUGGUGCUUCUUGAGGUGACUGGCAUGAUGGCGGUUAUGUACGGCGGCGACCACAAGCCCUCCGUUAAUAGUAUUUGGCUUCUACGUGAUGGUCUGGGACUAAUUUAUGGUGAUGUGGAUAUACUUUGUGAUUUAAAGUUACUAAUCCAUGGUCUGCUGUCAUAUUAUGGUCUAAUAUUUUUUGUUUUGACUCUUUCUCCGGUGCGAGGAAAGCUGUGA